ACAUACAAACUUAGAGUUACCAACAUAAGAUAUUAAGUUUUCCAAUGUAGUCGGAUGCAAAGUAAACCAAUCACACGCGUACUUCCUGCUUGCUCACACACAUACACACACAUACACACAUGUACAAGCUAAGACAGUGACGAGCAGUAUCUGGAUUCUUUGACAGUGAGAACAGCAGCUCUUUAUUUCACGAUGAGUAAAAACACAAUAAAUCUGAAGGUGUUACUGCCCAGGUGUUUGCUUCUGCUUUGGACACUGACUGCAUUUGUCAGUAGUGAAGACAAAGAAAUCCAAGUGGGCUCUUUAUCUGAUGGGAUAAAGUUGACUUGCCCUGAUGGUCAAACCUUGCAUCGGGGUGACGUCGAGAUUAAGACUGAGAAAAUAGACUACAAAGAUGAAAACACAGGAGAGUACAUUUGUAAAACGGAUGGUGGAGACACAGGAAAAGCAAUCUUUGUGAAAUUCCGCACCUGCGAUAACUGUGUGGACUUGAACAUGGCCUCUGUGAGUGGAAUGAUUGUUGGUGACAUAGUGGCUACAAUUGUGAUAGGAGUGGCUGUUUAUCUCAUCGCAUCUCAGGCAAAUCGGACCGGCUCAGUCACAUCCAACAAGAAAAGCUCUGAUAGACAACAUCUCAUGCCCAAUGAAGUAAGCAACAGGCCCACCAAUGAUCAAUACCAGCAACUUCGAUACAAAAAGGGUCAGAAGGACACCUACGACGUACUUACCAACAGAAGAUAGAAGUGGCCAUGGACCAAGCAGUUGAAUACAGUACAUACACUCACAUAUGUACUAGAAAGUCUAAUAAAAGACUCAUUAGUUAGAUUUCUACUCCCAGUCAUGCCUUAUUAUGUCAGUCAAUACCAGUUUUUUUCCAGUGUUAUCAAACUAUUUUUUCUCCAGUGAGUGUUAUAUAAUGCUGUAUUAUCUUUUAGUGUUUAUUAGCUUACUUACAAUGGAGCAAUAUUUAGUGGAAGGAAACUAAAAGGUGACAUUAGCUUAAGCUGAAUUAUUUUCUCGAAUAUUUCCAUUUUAUUUCCAUUUCCACCCUGAAGAAGGCUCAUGCUGACACACGUUGGUGUGUUUUUUACUCCAGCCCCUAUAAACUGAUCUACAUGCCCUCAUGAAAUAAAGGCUUUUUAAAUUUUCUACAUUUUCCAACCAAAUGAGUGCCUGGAUUUUUAUCUUUUUCCAGUUGUUCUUGCCCUCUCCAGGAGCACCUUUGGUUUGCUAGAUACCAGUAGCUCUAUGCUUAAUUGUUUUUUUGCCUUUUUAUUUCCACUUUAUGUUGCGUUGUGGUUUUGCUUCAUUAUCCAACUUCAUAUCUCUAUUUAAAAGUGUUAUAUGUGGCAGCUUUUUAUUUGACAAUAAAGCUAUGUGGUAAUCCUUGGG